AUGGGUUUUCGGAGUUGGCAUGAGUAUAAUCUCUCGUUGUUGGGUAAGCAAGGUUGGCGGUUACUUCUGUACCAGGAUUCCCUUGUGGGUCGGAUGUAUAAGGCUCGAUAUUUUCCUAAAUGCUCAUUUUUGGAGGCCGAGUUAGGUGGUAAUCCAAGCUUUAUAUGGCGGUGUGUCUUUGCGUCACAAAAGCUGCUCAGAGAUGGUGACCGUAGGAGAAUAAGAUCUGGUUCAGCUACUGAAGUGUUAAACACACCUUGGCUUUUGUCUGAGGCUAGCCCGUGUGUGGUAUCUAAUCAUCCGACACUGGUCAAUUGUAAAGUGUCUCAAUUAAUGAAGCCAGAUAGUAGACAAUGGGAUUUGGAGCUUAUUGAGGACUUGUUUGAGUCCCGUGAUGUGGAGCUCAUCAAACAGGUGUCUUUGAGUGUUAAUCUUGGGAGUGAUAGUUGGUUUAGAACAAGGAUCCAACUUGUUUUUUCACAGUCAAAAGCGCCUAUACUCACUUACAGUUGGUCAAUGGUAGUUGGAACUCAUCCAUGGAGUAGGAUGUUGGGAAGAUGUUGUGGAAGAUUAAAGCCCCUCCUAAGGGAAGAGUCAAUUUUCCAUGUUUUAGUUCAAUGCUCCUUUGCACAUUCUUGUUGGCUUCGAUCAGCGUUAGGUGUUGGCCAUUCUGUAGCUACCAAUUUUUUUGACUGGUUUAUGGAAGUGUUGACAGUAGGCAAUAUGGGGUUGGUUGAAGAAGCUAUCAUGGUUGGUUGGGCAAUUUGGAAGGCUCGGAAUGAUAUGCUUUGGAAUGGUAAAAGUUGUAGUGCUGCUGAUGUUGUUUGGAUGGCUCGUACCACUCUUCGACAAUGGACGUCUGCUCAGUCUAAGAGGCUGGACUCGGUUUCCCUGGCCUCUAAUCGCACUAACACAAGAGAACACUGGUCCAAACCGGCUGCUGGUCAGUUAAAAAUUAAUGUUGAUGGGGCAGUUUUUGAAGACACAAAUGAGGUGGGGACUGGUUUUGUCGCACCUGGCUGUGAUGGCUAUUAA